AUGCCAAGAACAACCUUGUGGAGAUUGGAGUCCUCCUUUAACAAGAUAGAUAGAGUCGGAGUGCCUCCACCAGGAAUUAAUAAUGAUAAUGGUGAUCAAAAUGUUCCACCGCCAGAGAAUCAGGAAUCAGAGUCUGAACGGGGUGAUUCUAUACCUGAACUGGAUGAUGAAGUGAUUGUUGACAGUAUUGGCAGUGCACAUGAAGAAUUCGGAUCAUCUGAAGAAAAUAACACUGACAGUGCAUCUCAGACCAAUAGUGAUACAGGAGUUGCAUUACAGAGCAGGGACUCGCAUCUGGUUCGAUCUAUUAUACAUACCUCAGCUAAGCCCAGUUCGCGUCAGACUAAUGUCUCAAUCUCAGAGGUCGACAUCAGUGAGGAGGAAUCUACUACUGGUGACUCAAUGUCUGAACUGGAUCAAAUCAUUGAUAGCAGUAUUGCAGAGGAGACCAAUUCAGGCAACAGUUCUACCCAUGAAUCUUCAACUAUCUCGGAGGUCGACAUCAGCGAGGAGGAGUCAUAUUUGAACAGUAAUAGCAGAAGUUACUCAGAGGAUGGGGACUCAGACUCCACUCAUACAGUACGCAUACUUUCUGGUUUUAUCCUCAUUUCUUAG